AUGGGCCUGGUCGCAAUAAGGAGCCAAAAGAACAAGGCAAAGACACAAACGGUCAAAUACGAGCUUGUCUGUGACAAGAGCCGGUAUUAUAAGCCCAGAGAAUCCACUGCCCAAUUGCGGAAGACGAAUACAACAAAGGUGGCCGCCAGCUGCCCGUUCAAAGUAAUCGUUCAGUCCCUCCAGCCUAAUAAUUUUGAAUGGUCCCUGAGAGUUGUUAGCUCCGUCCAUCGAGACCACGCGCCAUCGCAAAAUCUUACUGAGUACUAUCACUGGCGGAAGUUAUCGGACGACCAGAUGGAUUUUCUGGAGUGUCUUUGUCUUGACAAGACAAUCUCCUCUCGGUCUAUAUAUAAGCAGCUCCGUCAAAAGUGGCCUCAGGUUGCUGUUCGAAGGAGAGAUAUUUAUAACUGGCGAUGGAAAGUCAUCCAAACCAAACGUCAAGGAUACGGCCCUACUAAUGACUUUGUACGGACGCUCACUGAGUCCAAGAAAAUCUGGAUUUGGGGGCUAGAUUGGAUUAAGGACGAGUUCCGCUUUCGGAAUGCUGCUUGGGGAUACCAUCAAGGUGGGAAAAUGUGGCAGCAAUUUUCUGCAUGCCUCCAAAUUGAUGCUACAUACAAGACCAACUGCUAUAAAAUGCCUUUGGUUACUGCUGUGACCGUAUCAUCUGAGAAGACUUCCAUGCCAAUAUGUUAUGGCCUUCUGAAUAAUGAGCGGCUUGCUAGUUAUGUGUGGUUCCUCCAACAGCUAUUGAGAUUCCAACGGGCGGGCAACAUCGACCCACCAAAGGUUAUUAUCACAGACAAGGACGACCAGUUGCGUGCUGCAGCACGGCAAAUCUUCCCCGAAGCGCAACUCCAACUAUGCAUUUUUCACAUCAACAGCAAUGUAGUGCUAUCCAUCAAGAAGUGGUGGAGGAAACCUGAUGAUUCCGAGACAGAUGAGGAUGAUGAAGAUGCGGAAAAUGCCGAUAUCCGAGACAUGGAACGGAGAAACACCAACAUGAAAGACAUGAAGGAUGCCAAACUGGAGCCUCUUCCUAAGCGGGUAUUAAAUACACGUGCGGGUUUAUACCUGCUCUGGAGAUAUAUGGUGUUUAGCAGGUCGGAGGAUGAGUUCAAUAAAGCCUGGUCCCAGCUUCAAGAGACAUUCCAACAUCAGGAGCGGAUUUUGAGGUACCUUAAGGACACAUAUUUGCCUUUGAAGAAAGAGUGGGCUUGCUGCUAUACUCGCCAUUAUAGAAACUUCGGUUUUCUUACGACAGCACCAGCAGAGUCAAAUCAUCAUUCUUUGAAGACCUACCACUUAUCCCUCCAGUCCGACCUCCCUGAUGUGGAAGAAGCAGCAGCUAGUCAAACAAGGGACAAACGCCAGCUGUACAAAGGCAAAAUACAGCAAGCGAAUAACACCAUUCGAAAUCAGUUCUCAGGGAGAGAAUGGCUUGGCCAGCUGCCUCUAAGGGUUACUCGCUGGGCUCUAGACCAGCUGAACAGGAUCCACAUGUAUAUGGAGUCAAGUCAGGUUCUGAAAAAGCCGUUAUCAGCUUGUACAGGCUCUACCAAGGCCCAAUACGGCUUACCCUGUGCUCGUAGACUCUUGGAGUUGGCUUGUCAUGACGAGCCACUAAAGAAGGAGGACUUAGAUCGGUUUUGGCACAUCAAGCGUUCUCGAGAAAUUGACGACCCUCUUCUACAGGUACAACGCCCACCAAUGGGAAUACCCAAAGGUCGACCACGAAACGGCGAACCAUUUGGCAACGAGCAUGCAACUUCUCGUCAUCAACUUGCUCCCCAAAGCACAACACGAAGCGGUGUUCAGAGAUCUGCACGUCGUAGCUACUCAAUUCGAGCUUGGGAGAAGUCUCGACGAGGAGGAUGCAACUGA